CACCAACAUCGACUAUGGAGUAUAUGUCAAAAAUGUCUUCAAUUAAUGUCCAAGAAAUUCAUCUGUACGAAGAUGAGAUCGUAGAAUAUGACAUUAUAAAAAAAAUCAUUAGCACUCGUCAUCAAGAAGAUGCAUUUUAUAUAUUCGAUCUCGGUGUUAUAAUUAAAAAGCAUCAAGAUUGGAUCAAAAAAAUGCCAAGAGUUGUGCCAUACUAUGCUAUAAAGUGUAAUACCCAUCCAAUGGUGAUUAAGAUUCUUGCAGCUAUGAACGCCAAUUUCGAUUGCGCAUCAAAGCAAGAAAUUCAAGGAGUUAUGCAGUUGAAUAUAUCACCAGAUAGAAUAAUCUUUGCACAUCCUACGAAGUCUCCGUCUCAUAUAAAAUUUGCCAAAAGUGUAGGUGUCGAAAAAAUGACAGCGGAUGGCAAAUGCGAACUUUAUAAAAUUAAAAAAUUGUUUCCCGAAGCAAAAAUAGUUAUUCGCUUUCGUUGCGACGGCAAUUCUACUGUCGCUAGAUGGGUCAAACUUGGAACCAAAUUUGGAUGUGAACCAGGUGAUGAAGCAAAAGAAUUAAUACAACUUACGAAGGAUUUAGGUUUAAUUUUAUAUGGAUUUAGUUUUCACGUUGGUAGUCCAUGUGUCGAUUUAAAUGCGUACGUACGUGGAAUUGACAUAUGUAAGGAAUUGAUUACUUAUGCUAAGUCGAUUCAAUGUAAUGAUAUCAAAUUAAUUGACAUUGGUGGAGGAUUCCCUGGGGAAAGUGAAUUUCAAAUUGAUGAGAUUUCACAUAUGAUUAAUGAUGCAAUCAAAGACAUAGAUCCUACUAUAGAAAUCAUAAGCGAACCAGGUAGAUAUUACGUAACAUCAGCAUUUACUUUGGCUAGUGUUGUUCAUUCUAAGAAAACUGUAUCUGUGGGAAAUAGUCUGAAACAUAUGUAUUAUGUUAGCUGCGGAGUAUAUAGUGGAUUUAUAGAAGAAUUGUUGAAAUUGAAUUCACGUCAUCCAAUACCACUGUUCAAUCCAGUAUCUGAUAAAAAAUACUAUUCUACUUUAUGGGGACCAACUUGUGAUUCCUAUGAUUGUAUCGUCAAAGAUAUAUUAAUGCCAGAAUUACAAAUAGGAGAUUGGCUAGUAUGGAACAAUAUGGGUGCAUAUGCAGCUUCUAGAUCUUGUGAAUUUAAUGGAUUUUUGCCGCCGACAGUUCAUCCAUUUAUCAGAAAAAGUCAAUGGCAAGAUUUCUGUACCAUUAUGAAUUGUGACGUAAACGAUUGAUUAUUUGAAUUUCUAUAAGAAAUAUAUUCAAAUAAUAAUAA